UGCGCCGGAAGUUGCUGCCGCAGACAGCAGCAGCAGCAGUGAUUCGGCAUCGCAGAGCAACGGGAGUAAAUCUGUCCGUUUUGAACCAUGGCGACGAACUAAACGAUGCCUUUCGCAGAGGUUGACGGAGAUGUAAGGAGAAGUGUGUGUCCCAUGUUGCAUUAGUGUCUGUGUGAAAUGCUGGCCUGUCUGCCAGGGCCAGGUGACCUCCCCCUCCAGCUUCUCCCCCACACGCAGAUGAACACUGGACCUCAGAAAUGGGACACCACACAAAGGAUGAGAUCCACUCCCUUCCCAACCCCUGCAGAGUUGGAUGCCUAUGCUAAGAAGGUCGCCAACAACCCCCUCACUAUCAAGAUCUUCCCCAACAGCGUCAAGGUCCCCCAGCGAAAUCACGUGCGCCGCACGGUCAACGGGCUAGACACAUCAGGCCAGCGCUACAGCCCCUACCCUUCCUCUCAGGCCAGCGCCAAGGCCGGCCUCCUCGCCAUCGUCAAGGUGCCCGCCGUCAAGGGCAUCCUCAAAGAUUUCGCCGGCAGCCGGGCUCGCUUGCACCCAGACGUCAUCAUGAACCACCUCAGCGGACCUUACCAAGUGGCUUCGACUAGCACUUUAAACCAUCACCCGACUCUGCCCAACCACAGCUUAGCCCUGCAACCGCAGGACACACCUCAGACUCUGCAGAUGCCACUCAGACACCCUCUCACCAUGGCCCAGCACCCUCAGGGCCCACCCAGACUGCAGACUGUCUCUCAGCACCAAGUCCUCGGUCACCCUCAGGUGCCCCCGACUGUCUUACUUCAGCAGCAGCACCUUCAGCAGCAGCAGCCGCCUGGCCUGCAGGGGGGCAGAAAGCUGCCAGAUGGCGACGCACCCCCCAAUGUGACCGUCUCUACCUCAACCAUUCCACUCCCCAUGGCCACAGGGCUGCACCAGGGCCGCCAGCCGGACCUGAGCACCAUUGUGCACCAGAUCAACCGCUUCUGCCAAGCUCGGGCCCAGGGUGCCGGCUCAGCCUCCCUGUGCGAGGGCCAGAUCGCCAACCCCAGCCCCAUCAGUCGCAACCUGCUUAUCAGCGCCUGCUCCAGGGUGUCCAUGCACAACAACCCAGCCACCUCUGGCUUCCCCCCAGCCAACUGCAUCGUUGGCCCUCAUGAGAAAGCGAGCAUCCCGGUGGGCGCCCUCCCGCCGCCCAGUGUGACCAUGAACCACUUGCCUUCCAACCACACAGAUCUCAAUCAGCCGCAGCACCCUCAGCAUCUGCACCCACAAGCCAAUCAGCAGCUGCCACCUAACACGCAACAGAAGAUGCGCUCUUGGAAUCAGCAUCAGUUGACCCACGUGCCCCAUAUUCAGAACGGCAAGCAGCCACCCAGGGAAGCCCCCUUCCCUUUCAAGGGAAUGAGCUACCCUGCAGACAUAUGCGUGGGUCAGCCGUAUACGCUCAAACCUCCUCUCGAGCGGCCCACGCCCUCUCCACCGGUCAACAACACCAACGGCAUGACGGGCCCCUUGGCCCACUACAACAACGGCCACUACUUCCAACCCCACCUUUGGAACAGCAGCAUCCUCCCCACACCCAACAGCGACAGCUCUGGGUCUCAGGACGUAGCCAUGCCAUUCCACGGGGUGGGCCCAGGGGGGUGCACCGCACUAGAAUGUGGGCCCCCUGGGGCCCCCCAUUACAGGCUACCACCAAGCUCCUCCACCUCCUCUGCCCAGACUAAUCUGAUGCAAACCACAGAUUACAUGGGUGGGGACUUCCAGACGCCCUAUUUCCGCGAUCAGAAUCUCGGGUUAAUGGGCAAGAUGCACGGGCCCCCCGUGGGCAGGGAGCUCGGGGAUGGCAGGAGUGCUCUCAUCCAGCAUCCAGGGUACAGAUAAGCUAUGGCCUUGUCUCCAACACUUUGUUUAGUCUUAAAAGAACAUCUUCAAGAGGGUAAAUGAAUAUAUUUCAUUCAUCAAGAAUAGUUUUUUUCCCUUGUUGAUCAAUCUUGCAAGUGAUCAAUUCUUUAAUUUCCUUUGACUUUUUGUUAGUGAAUGCUUUUACCAGGAAUGUGUCCACGUCUCUACUGUCAUUCCCUGCUUUCUCGCUUCACCGUACACGUGUGCCCUGGGUCUCCACUGAUCCUGCGUCAGUUCCACUUCACACGUUUCAAGUUCACCCAAGCGCAGAUAUAAGAAAAGUCGAUUCCUUGCUGAAAAGCAGCAGCAUCUAUUGUUUUUUUGAUUUUUUACGUGUGAGGACCAUUCGCAGGGCAAGAAAAGACUUCCAAAUCAAGUCGGUGUGUAACAAUAGUGGAGUGUGUACGCAGAAUUGUGCUAUUUUCAGAUGUAAUUAUUUAUUUGUGCAGUAGGACUAUUGAAACGUGAUUCCUGGUUGAUCACGUAAACACACGCAAUCAGGUAGUAUGUACAUAGCGAGGACCCCGAGGGCGCGUAUGUGUGCUCUAUCUUGCUUCAAAUGCUGCAAUGAAUUCAGGUGUUUAAAAAAAAACAAAAACUAACCAAGUUGUCGCCAGGCCAGGAAGGCCUUGGCUGACUAAGUUGUGACGUUUCAAGAAAGAAAGAAAAAAAAAGGACAUCAAAGUUGAAUCCAGUUCUCCAAAGUCAAACGCCGACAGGCCGUUAGGGAGAGGUGCCAUUUUCUUGAAGGAACCACGACAAAGUAUUACUUGAAUUGGAGGUGACCGCGUUGCAGGCCGUACGUAGCGUAGCUGUGAGUGCGGAGCGUUCCGUCGCCGCGUAACCGGAGUGACGGGUGUCGUUUGCUACUGAUUCUGAUGUGAAGACCAAAUUGAUCACUUGCAAGAUCACACGGACGUACACACGUUUUAUUUUCCCUUGAACAGCAAAUGCAUUGUUUAUUUUAUUGUACACUGGCUUACCUACUAGACUACUGUAACAUUUAAAGUUUAAAGAGCGUGAGUGUUGACGGGUUGCGUGUGUGUGUGUGUGCGUGCGUGCGUGCGUGCGUGCGUGCGUGCGUGCGUGCGUGUGUGUGUGUAGUCACAAUGAAACCCAUGUGUUCACCUAACCACCCCUAAAAAGCCUUAAUUGUUUGGUCCUUGGACUUUCCUCAAGCAUGGUUUUAAUGCAAACCCCAAAUAAUAAGGAAGAAAGAUGGUGAUUUUUUUUUCUUCUUCUUGUUUAUUUUAAUGAUAUUUUAUUGACUAGACGAAGCAAUUCCUUAGUGAUUUCUUAUGGGAAGCAAGAAAAGAAGCGAUAUUUUGUAAUUAUACACUCUAUUUUAGCAAUGUGUAGUUACUGAGCUGUAUACACCCCACCCACCCAACCCCCCCCGCCCCCACCCAUCCCACACACACACAGGUUUCAAAGCUUCAGUUUGCAGUCGUGACUAUUUAUAAUACUUGAUUUACUCGUUAUUUAAGUUUAUUUUUCCCUCCUUGCUGUGAAAAGGAAGAAGGUCCACAGCCUAUCUUUUGUUAUCUUUUGAAGAUGAACAAGGAGUAAGAGCGUGAGAGUUGUGCUACUCUUUUUGUAAUAUUGUAAUAAUAAAAUAAAAUUCUAAUUUAUGCUUUCA